GGCCCUAGAUCAUAUGUCUGAGUCAGUGUUCAUGGGACUGUGUAAAAAACUUGGGACUUCAUAUCAAUUGGCCAUGAGGAGAGAUGUGUUGGACAUGAGUGAGAAUUUGAUAGAAAAAGUUGGGGGCAGUGCGAUGUGGAGUGGAAGUUACAAAGAAGGAUUCAGACUAAUUGAAUCAGAUCUUGACUCUAUGUACUGGCAAAAUAAUCACCAUGUGAUAUGGGAAUUAUCUCAAUCUCAGUAUUACAACAUACACAUACAAACACUGAUCCUCUGUGACUGCUCUGAUAGUCCACCAGGAUUUACUUUGUUAUAUUUACUGUCACCAAGCAUGGACAAAGACAUCCAGAGAUCUUGUGUUAGAAUGAAUAACAGGCUUUAUAUCUCCAGUUCAAAAUACAGAAAGAUUAUGUGUUCUGCAGUUUUCCCAAACUCAAUUCUUCAUGGACCAUGUGCCACUGGAGUUCUUCCAGGAAGGACAGAGUAUGAUUUUGCCCACUGUUUUGUUAGUGACCUCUGGCCUCCAUCUGCCUCCUCAUGGAUAGACAGAUGUAACUCCUGGCCCCAGCCUCAUGUUGUUGAUGAUAUAGUUAAAAACGGAUGUCACUUUGUAGCAAUUGGACAUAAGUUAGGACGUCUUGAAGACCAUGAAUGGAGAAUUUCUUUCUCUUUUGCAGAACAUAAACUUGUGUGUGCUAUGCAUCAUUGUCAAUUCAUAACUUAUGGCUUGCUUAAAUUGUUCUUAACAGAAAUAAUUAACAAUGGUAUAAGUGAUGAUGAUAAAUUACUGUGUUCCUAUCACAUGAAGACAGCAGUUUUCUGGGUGAUACAACAAAAUACAUUACAACAAUGGUGUCCACAAACUCUCCUGGAGUGUUUCUGGAUCUGUUUUAAGCAAGUCCUUAAGUGGGUGUAUGAGGGAGUAUGUCCCAAUUUUUUCAUUCCCCAAAACAACAUGUUUCUUGGUAAAGUACAUGGUAAAGCUCAGCAUCAGCUAUUUAUAAGACUGUAUGGAUUGUACAAGAAGGGUUUAGUAUUCCUACUAAACAGUCCCUCUAUUAGGUCUUGUAUCAUAAAUGUCCUAUAUAACCCCAGACUCUCCAUCUGUACAGAUGAACAUACUCUGAUUUCUGAGACUGAUUUUGAUAUAUAUUUAUUCCUGGAGAUAUACAAAUAUGAAGAUCCUGGCACAUCAAACCUAGAAACCUGUAUGAGACACCUACAUACGAUAGAACAGAUGAUAUGCUUACCCCUCCUAACACAGUAUCAAGUCGUGAUGCUACAGAAACGUACAGCUUGUGUCCUACAGAAAACAAUUUUUGUGUUAUUCAUGGAAACUUACACACAGGAAAACAAACUGAGGUAUAGAGCUGACAAAAUCUCCCUCUACAUGCUGAAAUUAGCAGCCAAGUUUGGUUGUAUUACUGACAUGCUGUAUAUAGCCAUGUAUUAUUACAAGACACUUAGAUACACGGAAGCUUUAUCUAUCAUAGAGAUGACCAAGGUCAAGUUAUCACAGCCAUAUGUGAUGUAUUGGUAUAAUGUAGAAACAGAGAUUUAUACUGAGGCUGUUGGGGGACAAUCCUGGUCUGCAAAGAUGAGACAGGCUGUAGCAUGGGAUAUCACACUUGACAAUGAAGUCCAUUACAUCAGUGAAUUGAUACCAGAACAACGGUCAGCUCUACAGAUCAAGAUGGGGUCUUCAUUACUUAUCCCACCAUUUGUACUGUUAUACAUGCUAGAGAUCUUGUGCUACAGACAUGUAGACACAACAACGAGAGUACAAACAGCUCUAGAUGAUCUACAGACCCUAGUUCACUAUGAUCAGGGACAGCUUAUACCUUUACCACACAGAGACAUAUCGUGGCAAAUUCUUGGGAUCUGUCAACAGUUGACAGGGAACCUCCAGGCUGCUCUAUACUCAUACCAACAAUCUCUCAGACAAGAACCAUACCGCAAGAUACACGCAGCCACAGAAAUGAGAAUUCAACAAGUUUGUCACAGAUUACCAAAUUAGAAGCCCAUGUUUUACAUUUAUAAUUUGAAUAUUUCUUCUCAUUCUAUCAUAUUAUAAGUACCAUUUCACUGAUUUAAAAAACAGGUGACAGGGAACCUCCAGGCUGCUCUUUACUCAAACAUUCACUUUACCAGACGUCAAAUAACAAAAGACAAACUGCCACAAUUACUGUGAAAUCAUUAUUGUUC